UUUUCUUUGGUGUAUUCAACAUACUUUUAAAUAGAAACGUAAUUUUAGAAAUGGAUGGAGGAAGGAGACACUCUGAUGCAUACGCUGAAUUCCAGGAAAGACGUGACCGGGAGAUCGAAUCCUUGUCUAGAAACACUGCUCCCCAGGUUGCUCCAAGUAGUGACGGGAGAAACCUCGGUGACUCAAAUAUGGCUGAACCCACUCCUAGUAUGUAUAGAAGGAGAAGAUAUAAUUCGCUUUCUGAACUCGUUGAAGACUUUGAACAUGAUCGGAUUGCUAGAUCAAGUUUUAGAAGAAGCACUGGUGGUGAUAGGAGAAACUUCAGCGGCUGGAGUAUAGGGGAAACCAGUUCUAAUAAUCAGAGCAACCGAGGAAACCAGAUGACACAUGGUGAGCCAAUGAUGGAAAGGUGGAUAACAACCUCAUCCAGUGCUAAUCAUGGAUCUGGUCAGCCAUUUCCUUGGCGUAUGUGGGUUGAAGGAGUCCCAACUACUGUUGAUCAAAGAAACUUCAGUGGCGUGAAUAUAGGUGGACUCGCUUUUAAUCAGAACAACCCAGGUACUCAAAUGAGACAUGCUGAACCUAUGACUGGAAGUGGGAUGUCAAGUGCUAAUCCUGGAGCUAGGCAGCUGCCAGGUUUCAUGUGGGAUGAAGAUAACCGAGACGAGUUAGCCAAGGUAUUGCAGCAUGGGUACGCCCUCCAGCUCAGGGUGAAACUGAAAUUGAGCAGGUUCCUUCUGAAAAUGAUCCUCGCUCAUCUAACAAAAGGAAAGCCCCAGAAGAAUAUUCGGUAAACCCAUCUUACCGAGCAAGUUCAAGUGGCUCUCAGUUACCUGAAAAUGCUGGGAGAAUAUCUUCUGGUUCGCAUAAUCCUAGUGCGAGCUUCAGGGUACCGCCUCCCGUUACAAGCAUCUUUGAGCAGAAUACACCAGAGCUGCUGGAUAUAAGAUCUGGACUUGGGAUUGGAGGACCAGCUUCUGAUCUUCACCCACCUCUCUAUUCAGCGGAACAUAUUGAAAGCACCUACAGAAACAUCCGCAUGAUAACUAGUCUUGCCCAUCAACAAGAUUCAGCCCCACAUAAUAUACCAGAAUCCUCUACACCUAGGGAGAGAUUUGUGCGCGUACAAGAAGGAAUGAGCGUUACGAUGUUAUCACUUGCACAUAAUAGGAUAAUUGAGGAGCAAGAUCCAAGAACUGAGAAUGUAGAUAACAGAAGUAUGACAAACUCUGGGAUUGUCGGUUCUACUUCUCCAGUUGUUUUCUCUAACCCAGCCUCCCAAUUAUCCUCUCCUUCUACUUGGAUGGAUUUCUUAUCUCAACAGCUGGAUAUGUCUUCUGGUUCGGGUUCUGGAGGCCAAGCAAUGAACCGCAACGUUCAACAAUGGAUGGUUGAUCUAAACAUGGCGCUUCAACUGCAGCAGCAUGAUCCCCGUCAUCAUCAACAUCCAUAUCCACAUGCACGGGCACACCAGAAUCCCAACCCACAUGUGCAUCCCCACCCACAUCAUGUUCCGGCAUAUCGCAUGCCUUCUUAUUACAGAAGAACGGUGCGAUUGCUUCAAGCUGCGCUUGAAAUAGGCCAACGUCCCUUGCCACGGCUGGGUACUGAUGUGAGAGACAGGCUAUCGCAGAUUCAAGUUUUACUAUUACAACUGUUCAGGAGAAUCGAGAUGGAGAGAAAUAACGCUUACGAGGAUGAUGAUGAUGACGACGAGGACAAUGGAGUUGAUGAAGAAGGAGUUGUUAUACCGGGCUACCUACCCAGACUUAUACGGAGGAGAGAUGAAACUAUGUGGGUUGAAAUUGUUGAUAAUUUUGAUUAUGGGGAUUUGGUGCAACUAGAAGAUCAGAUUGGAAAUGCUGAAAUCGGCUUGACCGAGGAGGAUGUAGCUCAACAUCUGAAGCGGCGAAGACAUCCAUCAUUGAGAAUGGGAGCAACCUCUUCAGAAGUUUCACCAUGUUGUAUAUGUCAGGAAGAAUUUGCUGACGGCGAGGAAAUUGGAAUGCUAGACUGCGGGCAUGACUUCCAUUCUGGAUGUAUAGCACGGUGGCUACUAGAAAAGAAUUUGUGUCCCAUUCUCAAGUCAACGACUUUGAUUACUGGUCGCUAAAAAACUCAAAUCAGUGUAAACUAGACAAUUGUUUAUAUUUUACAGUAUUAAUACUUUGAACAUGAUAACAAUUGUAUAUUUCUGUAUAUAAUUUUUAUGGAAAAAUUCAAAUUAUAUGUUUAUGUUGAAUUGUUGCCUUUGUUUUGUACUACUUUGAUCCUAUUUUUCCCCAUUUAAGGGUAUGCGGAAAAAUAGGUGACCAAAUUUUUAUAGCGGAUCUAGUCUCUUUUUUAUUUUAAAAAUAUAAGCAUUCUUAAAAGUUGGAAUUGGAAGUACCUGUUCCGAUCAGCUCCG